GCAGGGGACGCGCGGUGUGAUUGCCCAGGAGAAAGGAAGGCGCUCCAGUUCCGGGUCAGGCCCUUCUCCCGCCUCUCUCGGCCUCCGCCAUGGCGAGUAGUAGCGGUUCAGGGGCGGCGGCGGCGGCGGCAGCGGCGACGAAUCUGAAUGCGGUGAGAGAGACCAUGGACGUUCUGCUUGAGAUUUCAAGGAUUUUGAAUACUGGCUUAGAUAUGGAGACUCUGUCUAUUUGUGUACGGCUUUGUGAACAAGGAAUUAACCCAGAAGCUUUAUCAUCGGUUAUUAAGGAACUUCGCAAGGCCAGUGAAGCACUAAAGGCGGCUGAAAAUAUGACAAGCUGACUUUCUGGUGAGAUCCUGAUGAGAUGUCAAGCUCUGCAAGAGGAUUUGAAGACCGCAUUGUAGUCAAGAAUGUACAAAGAAAUUACUGCAUGCAGCAGUGUAGAAGAAACACUUUUCCUUUUUAAAGAAUUCUAGAACCAUAGCUUUAUAAAUCAAUGAAAAGUGGCUUACAGAGAGAACUAUCAGAUGUGUUUACGUCACAUCUUUUUAAAACAGUUCUAAUGCUUUGGCAUUGAAAUGCUCAUAUUUAUGUAUUCCUUAUUUAUAACUCUGAUAGCUUUAAUUUUCUAAGCAGUCUGUCAGAUGUGCACAUCUGCUGUUGCCUGGAUGAAGCAUAGUGGAACCUAUCAGUAGUAAUGUAGCUCUGACUUGUUGACAUUUUCAUUAUAAACCUUAAUUUUGAAUUGUUAAUGCAAAGUAACUGGAUUUAUAUUGUAUUGGGCUGAAAGCUGACAGUAUUUCAGCCACCAGUUCUGAAUUUUGAUUUAGGUUCAUUAUGUAUAUCAGAAUGUAGUUUUUUUGUUUGUUUUUAAAGACACAAAAAGCAUUUGUUGUAAUUUGCCCUUUAACAAAGAAUAUUUAGUUUUUUAAACAAAGUUUGUCUGGCAGUUAAUAUGAACCAGAUCAGUCUUGUAUUGAUUAAAAAAUAAAACUUUUAGAAACUUUGGUCCUUAGCUUAGUAUUAUUUAUCAUUUGAAUCAUUUAAAUUUAAUGAGAAUUAAUUGAGAAUGGUUUUCUUUUGGCUUUAUACUCUGAAAAUGAUGGCCUAAAAAUAAUGCAUAAUGAAGCAUUUUCAACACGCAAAAAAAAUAAAUUUCUUUAUUUUUAUUACAUAAAAAUAAUUUGAGUGCUUACCUACUAUAUCUUGAGUGGUUAUCUAGUAACUAAAUAGAUAACUAAUGGCUAAUCACUAAAUGGGAGAUCUCAUUUAACAAAUAAGUUACUGUUUUCUGAAGGAAUAAAGAUUUCCAGUCAUUAAACAAAAACUAAAUAAUCAGAUGUUCCGUAAUGUCUUUCUAAGACCAUUUUUACCAAAGUUUUGUUCAAAAUAAAUUUUAGAAAAUUUAGGAUAGUAUUGAUUCUGUUUUUGUAAGAGAAACUCAAUGGAAUAUUUUUCCCAAGACUAAUACAAAUUUAAUCUGGUUUUAUUUAGACUUUGCUACCUUCCAUUUAAAUGAUAAUACAAGUAUUUACUCUUUAGCAGCAUUUUUUUGUUCUUCAGACAAACAAGUGAUUUUAGUGAGGCUUAGUAAUAUUUAAAUGGCAACCUACUGUACUGUUUUAAAAAUACAGUCUUUUGACCAUUUUAACAUUUUAAAUGCAUGCAUCUUUAUUUACCAGGUGCACUGGAAGACCUAUUGAGAGAACUGGUUGGGAGACAUUAAGAACUUGUGAUAAUAAGUCAUUUAUUGGAUAAAUGCUACAAAUACUACAUGUUGUUAUUUAUAAAAUCAAAGAGAACACUUGUCAAGCUCCAAAAUUGUAUAUACUUUUAGGCCUUAAGAGUUAAUAGUUUUAUUAUGACUUGGUAGAUUAAGUUAUUUAUGUAUGAAAGCAGGAAAAUAUAUUGAGAAGGAGGUAUGUUUACAGAGGACUUCUUUUAAUAUGUUACACUUCUUAAAUGUAAACAUAUAUUUUUAAUGCAUAUUAAGUAAUAUUUAAGGAAACCAAACAAAGUAAUGAUAUAAUUGCAGUGUUGUGCAUGUUAUCAGCGACAAAUAAAACCAUGUUGGUGGUUAUUGGCA